AUGGCACCCAUCAUUACUCCAGAGGUGACUUCAAGUAUCCAAUGGCUGGCCCAAAUGAAUGUGGAUGUUGAGCUCGAAGCGGUUCGCAAGUCAACUAUUAUUGGCACUAUUGGCCCCAAGACAAACAGUGUUGAGAUGAUCACCAAGCUUCGCAACGCUGGCCUAAACGUGGUUCGGAUGAACUUUUCACACGGCACAUACGAGUAUCACCAAUCCGUUAUUGACAACACGCGUAAAAGUGUGCAAUUGUACCCGGGCCGCGAAACAGCCAUUGCAUUGGACAACAAAGGACCCGAAAUUCGCACUGGAAACAUGCGUGAUAAUGUUGAGGUGGCUAUCAGUGCUGGUCAUGAGAUGAUUUUCAGCGUCGACGAGCAAUACAAGGAUAUUUGUGAUGACCAAGUGAUGUACAUGGAUUACAAGAACCUUCCCAAGGUGAUCAAGCCUGGCAAAAUGAUCUAUGUCGAUGAUGGUGUUUUGUCGUUUGAUGUCCUUUCGGUGGAUGGUGAUGAAAUUCGUGUCCGGGCACGUAACAGUGGCAAGCUUUGUGCACACAAGGGCGUUAAUCUUCCUGGUACGGAUGUGGAUUUACCAGCCUUGUCAGAAAAGGACAAGGCGGAUUUGCGAUUUGGUGUCAAGAAUGGCGUCGACAUGGUGUUUGCUUCCUUUAUUCGUAGUGGCCAAGAUAUUCGUGAUAUCCGCCAAGUCCUAGGAGAGGAUGGAAAGCAUAUCAAGAUCAUUGCCAAGAUUGAAAACCAUCAGGGGGUUGCAAACUUUGAUGACAUUUUGCAGGAGACGGAUGGCGUUAUGGUGGCUCGGGGCGACAUGGGCAUUGAGAUUCCUUUGGAACGAGUCUUUAUCGCCCAAAAGAUGAUGAUCACCAAGUGUAACCUUGCUGGCAAACCCGUCAUUUGUGCAACACAAAUGCUUGAAUCGAUGACCUACAAUCCUCGCCCCACACGUGCUGAAGUAUCAGAUGUUGCCAAUGCUAUUUUGGAUGGAGCUGAUUGCGUGAUGUUGUCAGGAGAAACAGCCAAAGGCAACUAUCCUGAAGAGGCCGUGCGUACCAUGCAUAGCGUUUGUAUGAUGGCUGAGUCAGUGUUGUGCUAUCCUGCUGUCUUUAAUGAGAUGCGAUCUCUCACAUCGCUUCCAACGGAGACGACUGAGACGGUUGCAUGUGCUGCUGUCAGUGCUGCCAAUGAACAAAAUGCUGGUGUUAUCAUUGUGUUGACCACCUCUGGUAAUAGUGCAAGAUUGAUUAGCAAGUACAGACCCAAGGCACCCAUUGUUGUCGUUACCCGUAACCCACAAACAGCUCGUCAAGCCCAUUUGUCGCGUGGUUGUUUCCCCUUCUAUUAUAACAAGCCUUCAUCAUCCUCUGCAACCUACAGCAGCAGCAAUCACCUUACUGUUAGCGCCGCUCAUCUAGCUAGUCCAUCAGAUCAUGCACCUUGGCAAGAAGAUGUGGAUGCACGUUUGAUUUGGGGUAUGGAGCAAGCCAUGAAAUAUGGCAUGCUUAAGCAUGGUCAAGCUGUUAUUGCGGUCCAAGGCUGGCAAAGUGGUCUUGGUCAUACCAAUACCUUGCGUGUUAUUUAUGCUCCAUAG